AUGGACACGAUUUCAGAAGGAACCCCACUUUAUAUGGAACAGGACCAGGUUACCAUGGAAAUCCACUGGCCGGCCGGUUCCGACCCCGCGGACAUACAAGCCCAGCUACAUGGACCAGUGGGCAAGGCCAUUGUAAACAGAUUACGGGCGAUAAUACCGCCCGUAGAGGCAGAGGGGCUGCUCGGGCCGCGAAUCAGCAAAUGCCCGCAACGGGCACUCCCCAGCGGCGUGAAGGUGCAAGAAAUCAGCAUCUUGAUCCGGAAAGGUGGUCUCGCAAUGCUUACCACCUCGCCAACAGUCCGGAGAGGACGGCUUCAGCUGGGGCCAGUCCAUCUCCUACCCAGCAGCCCCCCGGUGGAAAUGGAGCUACCCAUCACGAACCUGUACAAGGCGGAACGGCCCUACUGGGAGAUCAAGGGGAUUCCCACCAACCUGGAUCCCAGAGCCAUCCCUGGUUUCCUUGCCGUCUGCUACUCCACUCCGUGGUUCCGGUGGGAUGAAUCAGACAUCCAUGAGCUGAAUCCCACUCUGAUGGCAGACACCUGGCGAGUCAAGUUGGCGCAGGACACCCCCGGUCUACCGGGUGAAAAACACUACGAACUCGGCAGGGCGGGGGUGGUAACCAGGCCCCUCAAACGGGGGAGGGCCCUCAUAUGCAGCGGCCGUGAUGCGGUCAAGCCAGGACAGGCGGCCCCUGCAACUGCUGCAAUGGUGGGACCCCAGCAGGCCCCGCCCCAGCUGCAGGCCCCGGCCCAGCUGCAGGCCCCGCCCCAGCUGCAGGCCCCGCCCCAGCUGCAGGCCCCACCCCAGCUGCAGGCCCCGCCCCAGCUGCAGGCCCCGCCCCAGCUGCAGGCCCCGCCCCAGCUGCAGGCCCCGCCCCAGCUGCAGGCCCCACCCCAGCUGCAGGCCCCGCCCCAGCUGCAGGCCCCACCCCAGCUGCAGGCCCUGCCCCAGCUGCAGGCCCCGCCCCAGCUGCAGGCCCCACCCCAGCUGCAGGCCCCGCCCCAGCCGCAGGCCCCAGCCCAGCUGCAGGCCCUGUCCCAGCUGCAGGCCCCGCCCCCACCACCACCCUUGCCGCUGCAGCCGCCACCAGUGGCCCCGCAACAGCCAGGCCCCACGGCCGCGGCAGCAGCUCUACAAGGGCUAGGGGCACAGGCCGGCCCCACGGUGGUGGAAGAGGAAACCACAACCCACAGGGAGUGCGACACCACACUGGCGGCACCACGGGAGCAAGAGCCACCAGCAACCAUAGCCAAUACAGUCCCCACCUUCCUGUUCACAGCAGGUAGGAAGGAGCCAGGUGGCAGGCAAUGGGCAACCGGGGGCAAAGCUAGGCAGCAGAUGUGCCCUGAGACGAACCAGGACCCUACACCGUCUGAGGCCCCAAGGAGGAAGCGGCAGCGGCUGGAGCACCUUACUGCAGAAGAGCGGGCAGAGCGAAACAAAGCCCAGAUGGAGAUAUGGAGGGCACAGAGGGCAGCAGAGGAAGCCGGAGAGAAGUUAACUGCGCAGCUGCAAACUGGCAGCCAGGCCCAGCCCUCCGACAGCACACAGGUCCCAAGCCUGCAACUGCAACUGACAGCUAGAGACCCGUCCCCCAGCGAACCCCACGCCCAGCAGCAGUUCAGCAGCUUCGAGGGCCUAUGGCCACGCGACAUCGCCACAGGAAAGCUUUGCCUGCUGGACAAGGAGGACAAUGGGGUGCUUCCAAUCGGGAGCGCGCGCGGGCUGGCCUACACGGACCUGAUCACCGGGUUCAUCUGCUACACGCUCCUGACUACCGAGUACAAUGGAGACCUGCCCUUUUCUGGGGCGCCAACACCAGAUGGGGAGUCAGUGGCGACGGUGCGGAUGUGGCUAGACCUGGUGUCCGUGGGUGCACACGAGGCCGCACUCUCUGCCCACACAGACCUGCUGACCAGCCAGGUCGCGCGGGGUUGCCAGAGGAGCAAGGCCCCCUGGCUCGUUCCGGGCAUUGGGCAGGUGGCGCCCGACCAGAAGUACCCGCUGCGGCAGCUCUGGAGCAGUGUCCGCAUGAAUCUGACACACGCCAAGGGGAACCAACACAGAAAAAAGAAGGGGGUCAACCAUAGCACUAAGGAUGGUCAGGACAGGAGUGCAACGAUGCAGAAACUCGCCAUGAAGGCGAACAUGGCGUCCAAGAUGCUAACUGGCCUUUCUGUCAUGGGUGGGAGUGAGGGUGCUGGCACCAGUCUCAUGUCGGACCUGCGUGGGCUCCAGGCACUUUACACACAGAAAUGGUCGGACACUGGGGGAGCAGCGACUGCAGUGGCCGCCGGGACAGCUCAGGGUGGCGCAGCAGCAGCUACGGGUGCAAGGCACAAGCAGGGCGACCCGCACCAGACUGCCUCAAAUGCCGAGGCAGGCACGCACCUCUGGUUCUCCCUGGAGGCGGGUUUCUUCCUUCACCCCAACCAUGAAGGCAAUUACCCCAUCGACGCCCUGGCCAACAUGGCUGGCAUGACGAGCCAGUGUGCAAGCAGCCUGCCGACCCUCAAGGACCACCAAAGCCUGUACCUGACUUACACUGACAAGCUGUCUGCCUUUGGCAGCCACGCCUCUCCAGUUGCACCAAUCGGCCUGUUUAUGGCCAUGGGUGCAUCUGCCAGCAUCCGGGAUGCCGGGGAGCUCCUGCAGAUGUACUGGUCUAAGGUAGCCAGGGAGAAAACCUCAUCGACGUGGCCGCAGGCUCACCUGAUCACGGAUACGGCACAAAGGCUGUUCGGGAUCAGCCAGGAGGGCCUGGCCGUCGGUGGGCCCGCGCCUGGCAAGGCGACCGCCACCAGCAAGAAGGUCUUGGACAAGGUCCUGCGACCGUCGACUAUCACUGAAGACCACGGUGCUGUGGCAGCCGCAGUGGGAGCUGAGGUGGUGGAUGCUGCGGCUAAUGAUGGUGCUGGUGCAGCAGUGAGAGCAGCCGCCGGGGACCACGAACAGGCGGUGGGUGGCGGAGAGGCUGCUGCCAUGGGUGCACAUGCCGUGGAUGGCGGCAAGGGUGGCAGCCGCACAGCAGGUGUCGCAGCAGCAGCAACCGCAGGGGGGGACACCGGCACGGGUCCCAGGCAGGGCGAGGUGGGCGUUGCCCAGGUAGCAAACCUAGCAGCUGAAACUGCCCAGGCCAUGCGUCCCAGGGGUGGCAGGACCAGCACUGUGUGCGGGCAUGGCAACAGCCCAGGCCCCAGUCGAGGUCACAGGUGCCGCUGGCGGCACGUGCGGCCGUGGGUGAUCCGGAACCGCCGCUGGCAUGCACGGUGGUCGAGGGUGUGGAUGCAGCAGUGGCGGGAGAACUGGGCGCGGGACAGGGACGAGGAUACCACCAACUGCGAUGCAUUCAAGGAGUGGGUCAGCGAGGUGCCAAGAGCAGCUAAGGGCGAAGCUGGCAAGCACAGGCGGGGUGGCGGUGAUGACGACGACCUGGGUGUGAGCAGAGGUGGAUGUAGCCUGUCGGCCCACAGUGGUAUCGACAUGCUCCUGCAGCAUGGCAGCAGCAGGCGGAGGCUCUCACUGAAUGGCAUGGACCGUCACACUCUGCCGCUGCUGUUGGGCAGCGGCAGGUGCCCAACGGCAGUGGCAGAUGCAUCCUGCCGGCCCGCAGUGGUGGUGGCUGACUCUUGCCACACAGUGUCAGCAGCGGUGGCAGCUGAGUCCUGCUGCACGCAGCGGAAACUUCAACAUUACCACCACAGCCACAACCACAACCACCACAACCACAACCAGUAUCCCGUAACGGAUACUAAUGCGCACGUUAUCUCCGACUACAGCGGCUUCAUCGCUUCCAACAUUACCACCACAACAACAAUAACCGGCCCGCAAACCACGGCCCUCAACACAGCGCCUGUUGCACCUGUACCUGUACCUGUUGCACGGCUCUGGCAACACGUCGUCGUCGAGCCCAUCAUGUACGAGUCGAUCACUCCUGCAGGCGUGACUCAUCAAGACGGCGCCAGCCGCAUUCGGAAAGGGACAUCUGCCGGCAACGCCGUGUCCAGUCGCAACCGAAGGCGCAGCGAGCUGUACCGGGUGGUGGGGACGCUGGGGCAGCAGCGGGUAACCACUCCGGCGUCCGCCAACAACACUCCGGGGUACGACAGUUGCGGCGGAGGUGGGACGAGCAGCCAUGACGUCGCUGCCUCCAGGACGAACAGCCUGCAUGGAGCUACCAGCCAGGGGGUGAUCCGUCAUGCCGUUGUCCUCAGCUUCGUGAUGGGGCUCUCGCAACAAUACCAGCAGCAAGAGCUGCAACAGCCGCAUCGAGCAGCAUCACCAAACAUCGCCAUCCCCACCGCCUCCGCGACCGCUACCGCUGUUGGCGCACACAAUAACGGGGGGCAUUGGUUGACGCCGCCGCUGCCGCCACAGCCAAUGCAGCAGUCACACGCGUCCAGCCGGGAGUGCAGCACCCUGGUGGCAUCCAUGUUGUCAGGAAGUAUGAAGAGACGCGGCCGCACGCGAACCCCAUCAGGGUCUGGCCCCUGCGCCGUUGACCCUGGCGGCGGCGGCGACGGCGGCGGCCCUCUGGCGUUUGUCGCCGCAGAUGACUCGCACCACCACCAACAACAACAACAACAACAGCAACAACACCUGGUACAGCGAUCCGCAGUCCCUCGGCAGCGAUUGCUCAAACCCACGUGGUCUGCUGUGCCAGAGUUAUCCGAGAGCCGGUACGGCAGUGGCGGUGGUGGUGGUGGCGGUGAUGGGGGUGGGGGGGAUAUUCUGCAUAGGGCCCCGAUGCAGGAAGUGGCGGAGGGCUUCAGGGCUCGCGAGAACAUGGUCCUGGAGGGGCUCACGCCCAUCUUGACGGCAUUCACGCUGUGCGGCCGGGAAGUCCUCUACCAAAAUGGAACGAGCAUCUUGUACUACGGCCUUCGGGCUCGAGCGCCGGCGGCGAAUCAGGCAGCGGCCCCUGUCGCCCAGGAACAACCCGCCCGACUCCUAGUCAGCACCCUCGAGCGCACCGCACCUUCCUAUGCCCAGUCGGAUGCAGAGGCGGAGGGCGACGCUGCUGCCGCCGGUGGAGAAAGUGUUUGGGAAGAGCUCUUCCGUUUUGAUCCAGUCAAGCUCGAACGAUUUCUGAACGACGUUUGCAUCGAGGGGCGCGUCUGGAAAGCUGCUGCAAAUGCCACAGCUGCCACCGCCGCCAGUGGCUGCACUGCGAAAUACAGCGGCGGCGGCGGCGACGGCGGCGGCGGCGGCGACGGCAUUAUAGCCCGCGUCAUGCCGGCGGCUGCAAGCUGCGAGCUGCUCUCUGGACGGCCAACCACAACCACCGGCCAACCACAACCACCGCAACAACCUCAGCCCCCCAUGGCUCUGCCGCCACUGCCGCCGCUACCUGAAGUUACGUUGUCCGCGUCACUGAGCGGGGACAGCCCGGUCGUUUGCCUGCUGCCGCAUCUGGGCGCCGCUCUCAAACUGCCCCAGCAGCCGCCGGCAAAGACGCUGCCAGGGGCCGCGGCGGCUGCGGCGUCGCCAGAGCUCCCGGCCGCGGCGCUAUCGCGGCUUCUGCUGGCACACUGCACGACCGUGGAUCGUGCCGGCAGCGAAGACGUGUUGUCGAGCUUGGUGAGUAUAGGGCAGCUGAUCAGCACCACGACGGACGUGACGGCGCUGGAGGCUGUGGGGGCCUUACACCAGAUGAGAAGUAUUGUGCUGGAGCCGGAACCCCUGGCCACGUCGACAUGGGGGCUUUUCCUGGACCACAAAGAACAAGGACGGCAGCCCGAGGACGUGCUGAUGCGAGGCGAGGGAGGUGCCUCCGAUGCAAUCACAAACUCCUGCAACAGCGGCGGCACCUCCGCCGCCGGCACUGUCGCUGCCACACCCACGGCCGGAAAGGUGCCGCCAAGCCGCCGUACACUUAGGCGAUUGGGAGUCUCCAAUAGCAGUCGAGAACUCAAGCGGGGUCUGCCGGACUGUGUCGCCGUCAGCCCUGGCCAGGCCUCGAACUCCGUAUUUCAUUCGGUCCACGAUCUCCUUGUCGGGGAGGCUGCCUCCCCCUGCGGCAGAAGCCCACAGCAACAACCGCAGCCGCCGCAGUCGUCACUGACACGCAAGAUUAUCGGCGCUGCGUUCCGCCGCAAUUCAGAUUUGGCGCUUCGGUAUGACAGAGUGUCGUCAAGCAGCACGACGCGUAACGACACGACCCCACUCGGCUACCAUGGUGGCGGCGCCGGCGCCGCCGGCGCCGCUGCAGCGGCUGCGGCGGAAGGCCUGGUCAGCCGUACGUUAUCCGCGGUGGUGCAUCACGGAUAUCAGCGGCAGGCAGCCACAGCAACCGGCUCUGCGACCCCGCCGCGCCGCUGCUAUAGCCGUGUGGAGCUCGAAGCCCACAACAGCGCUGCUGGCCUCGGCCCGAGCCGCGUGCUUACCUUUGCCAGCACGCUGCGCAACACGCCCAGUGCCGUGCAACGGACGCUUCAGGCGGCCAUUUCGGGAGGCAGUGUGGCGGCCGGUGUGACGUCACAAGCGCCUUCGUUAAUAGUUCCGGACACCCCAUCAGCGGCAUCGUCGCACGGCAACAUAAAUGGCUGGCUGUCGUCAACACAAACGAUGGCAGGCGGCUCCGUACGACCAUCCCGGGGCGGCAGUAAUGGCAACGCUGCGAUAUCCUCCCAGCAGCAGCAUCCGAUCGUAAGGCAGUCCGCACGUGUAUUCUCAGGUUGUCAGACGACCAAAAGCGAUAGACAAGCGUCAGUGGUGGCGAUCGCAGAUACAGGGAGCUGGGGAUUGAGUUGCGGUGGUGGAGGCGGUGGAGGCGGAGGUGGAGGGCGGCGGCUGCUGGCGGAGGUGGAGUGCGGGUACGCGAGUCAGGCGGGCAUCGAGGAGCUUCUUUUGUCAACGCAGAAAGCGGUUCGGGCCCGCCCGCGCACAGCGCCGCAGAGGGCCUUGAAUGACCCCUCUGGGCGGCCGACGGCAGCUGGCGGUGACGGCGAGCAGCACAGGAAGCUGGGCGCCCCUGUCGCACCAGCAGUAGUUACAGCUCAGGGACGCAACGCCAGCAUAUUGGUACGGCAGGGGGUUGACAAUGGAAUAGAGGAGCUGCUGCGCGCGGAGGAGGACUGCGAAGUUGGCAGUGCUAGUUUCAACAGGCAAGAGGAGGGUAACUUCCAUGACGGCGACGCUGCAGAGACUUGUGAUGACGAUGAUGUACGGCAACUUGUUAUGUUGGAAAAGUGCACUUCCCCGGGAAAUGUUGAUGCGGACGUUUGUCCGGGGGAGCUAAUGGUGCCGCCGCUGGUGCCGCCGCUGGUGCCGCCGCUGGUGCCGCCGCUGGUGCCGCCGCUGGUGGCCCCUGCCGCGGCGGCAGCAACGAUGGCGACGACAGCUGCCGGCACCUGCUGGCAUGAGAUCUCGGCGAGUCGUGUCACAGAUCCCGUGACGGGCCAGUAUGCCAUCGUCAUGACGCAGACCGAUGUAACCGCCAAAGUGGAAGCGGAGCGCCAUAUCGCCUUUGUGACGGAGGCAGAGCACCGACUGCUGGAACAGAUCUUCCCUCGUCACGUGCUGACCUACAUGACCGAAGAGGGGGGUCCCUGGGGCGCCCCCAUGGAUCCGGACCCUACCCGCUGGCGACCCAUGGUUCGCGACAUAAACAAACUGGCCAUCUCACAUGAUGAGGUGACGCUGCUUUUCGCAGACAUACAAGGCUUCACACCCAUGUGCAACGUGUUGGAGCCUCGGGUGGUGAUGGCCUUCCUCAACGACCUGUUCACACGCUUCGACAGCCGGCUGGACGAGUUUGGGGUCUACAAGGUUGAGACCAUCGGCGACUGUUAUUUCGUGGCGGGCGGGCUGAUCCACCAGGACGAGUACGGCAUGCCCGCCGUACGCGCGAGAGACAGCCACGCCGACCCGGACCAUGCAGGAAGGGUUAUGAAUUUUGCCAAGGCCAUGAUUUCCGCGGCGGACCAGGUGCUGCUGCCCACCACGGGGACCCCUGUCCAGAUGCGCAUCGGCAUUCACAGCGGCCCGGUGGUCAGCGGAGUGGUCGGACAGCGCAUGCCCAGGUUCUGCCUGUUCGGCGACACAGUGAAUACCACCUCCCGCAUGGAGAGCACGGGUGUGCCGGGGGCCAUACACGCCUCAGAGGCGGCUUGGAGGCUGCUAAGAAACGAAUGCUGGGUUCCCACAGGCGGCGUUGAGGUGAAGGGCAAGGGCAUCAUGAACACCUAUCUGUGGAAGCCCCAAGGACUGCUGGUAUUUAAAUGGCCGAAUGUCUCCGGGGGUCUGGAGGGUCGUCUGACCUUCCCCAAGGGUGAAGCAGUGACGCUAGUUCUUGAUCUAGUUGUGGGUGGAACCGAGCAUCCCGCUCGAAAUUGGACAUGUUAUGUUAUCUUCAUUGGUGUUUUUGGCUCCAGGUGCUUCAACUGAGCUGAGUGUUCGGUUGGGCACCGUUUUGUCUGUAUGUCUUUCGUGUGAUUAAAGCUCAAGAUGCUUACGUGGGCUGUGGGAGUAUGUGUCCGUUACCGGUAGGGAAGAGGCCGGGUGUAAAGAGGCCCUUCACUGGUUUGUGGAAACCGUUGUUAAGGUACUAGACCGUUGGCACCCUGCACAUGCAGUACCACUACUACGUAACCUAGCCCUC